GUAUGGAAACAACGUAUUUAUUUGUAUGAAUGGUCACAUUGUGCACAUAUAUAUUUAUCUGGAUAUUAAUUGGGGUUAUUGUUACAAAUAAUACAUCCAUUUAUGAAAUUUCCUAUCAUCAUGUAAGCAGAACGAACAAAGAUCGAAGUGAUGACGAAACAUGGAACUUCAAGUUUAGAAGCGUUUGUAAUUGUUUUAACAGACAGCAUUGUUCUUUAUUAUAUUUGAAUUCACUAUUAUUAUAUGUUUUUAUUGUUAUUUAUCAGUUUUAAUGCCCAUGAUGUAUGUAUUACUAUCAAAGAUAUAUACUGGUUAAACCAAGGAAAGUAAAUGUUGAAGAUGAACAGUCUGCUAACUACAGAGGUACAGUAAAUUAAAUUACUUCAUUAUAACCUGAAAUAGACUUAUUCUGCUACAGCUUUUUACCAUUAUUUAUAAAACAUGGUUAUGAUUGGUCUACAUUAAUACCAUCAUAUAACAAUAAUACAGUUUCUUGGUAAUAUCCAUUUAACAGACUGACACACCACAUGACAUAAAUACUCUUAUGAAGCAAUAUAUUUGUUAAAGAAAAAAAUGAGAUAGUGUUAGAGCCUUAUACUGUCUUUUGCAUUUACUCAAAUUGUUUAACCUUCAGUUAUAAUUUUCAAACCACUCAAGAUUUUAUUUACUGUGUUAUUUUUUUAUUUGUAUACAUGUUACUGUGCCACUUCACCCAAUUAACUAGCUGCAUAAGAUUCAAUUUUUGAUAGUAGAUAUGAAAACCUGUGAUCUGAUCUUUUGUCAGCAGUCUUAAAUUACUGGUUUCCAGACAGUUGCACAAAAAAUACUGAUUUUAAGAAAAAAAAAGAUUGUCAAAACGGUCAAUCUGUGAGAGUGCAGCUUUUAAGUAGCUACGGUAAGUGUUUUUUCCAUACUUUCCCCUUAAUAAGAAAUGCAAGAAGUGUGCCAUUAUGUCAUGUUUAACAAGAAUAGUCAUAGACUGCUCUUCUGUCUCAGUAAGAUCUAUCUGUCUUAGAAGUUAUAGAAUUAUACCCACAUGUUAGACAUGAGCAUAUGUUUUCUGGCAAUAUGUUAACCAAGUUUCAUAUGAAUACCUUGACCUGUGGUUGAGUGUGUUAUGAAUAUCUCUUUAGCUUGAUUUUCUUCAACAAGACAUGAGCUGAAAGAGGAGAAUAACUCUGCUUAUAUUUAACUAGAGUUACAUGCUUUAUAAGCCAUGUAUACAUAUUAUAUAGAACCGCUGUCCUUAGUUAAAAAUAGUAGUUUUUGCACAAUAUGAACUUGCAACAAAAUCAUUGCAAUACAUUAUAGUGAUUUACAGUUUCUAACAUGUACAUGUAUGUUAGCACAAGUAAAAAAAAGAAAGACCAUAUGAUUAUAAGGGAACAUUUAUUAAAAUAAAUUACAUAAAUAAAAUUGGUUUCUUUAAGAAAGGGUGAUACAAAUAUAUAAAUAUAUAUUCCAAAUCCAUCAUAGAUUUUGAACUUGAAAGUUUACAGGAAAAUUUGUGUCAUUCAUUUUAAAACAUGUAUAUUCCUUAACAGUCCAUCAAACACGCAACCAUUGGGCAGUGCGUUGUAGAUAGCCGCCAAGGAGGUAUAUACUGAAAUCAAGCUCCGUAGCUGCACGUUUCAUUGGGGUCAGGCUUUUUGGAGGACAGUGCUGAGGCGGUGCUCCCUUUGCUGGAGUAUUUGGACCAGCAGUGGUUCAAUUCCCAAUGCUGGACUGUGGAGGAGCGGUUUGUCUUCAGACAAGCUGUCUGAACCAACAAUGAUGUAGAAGGAUCAAAACGAGGGUAGGAAAAUCCACCUCAUGUGUUCAUCGUGUGAACCAAGGCCAUACAAUUCUCAUCUGCUGUUUCCCACCGACCCUGGUUAGGGCCUCAAAAUGACCAGGCAGGGCUUUUCCAACAUAGACUGUUUCCAGGGCCUCCAUGCACGGUCUAGAAGGAUCAUCCUUGGAUGCUAAUCCAGUGCUGGUUGGAAUACCAAUGACCAUGAGAGAUAGGAUUGUCUAUGAUGAUAGAAAUUUGACUUUCAAAGAUAAUAGUUUGCUGAUCAUUGAUAAUCUCUGACAGGACUUUGAAAGGUUAUUUCGCUAAAGAUGUGGAGAUUGGAACAAAAAGAGAAAUAUGAUCUCACAAUAUGGAUAAGAGUGUUGGAAUUGAAUAAAAUGGGAUUUAUUUUAUUUGUCGACAGUAAUCGUGGGAUUAGCGGCAUUUGUGGGAAAUUAUUUACUUCAGCGAGCUGUGACACUCAGUAGGUUGAGAGAGAUACUGCUUACAUCUUUAUAUAUGCUGGCUCCAUGCAGCUUCCCAAUAUAAUAUCAUGUGGAAAGUUUCUCAUUAAAUUAUCAUAUCUAGAUUAAAAAGUGAAUUGUGAGGAUAAAGUUAUAUUGCAUUCUCUUGUAUCAGAUGAAUAUUAGUGGGAUGACUUAGUUAUAAUAUUAUGACUUAGCAAGAUUUUGUGUUCCUCCCAUUAAAAAGGGAAAAAUAUCAUUUGUACGUGAUUGAGAUAAAAUGAAGAUAUGAAAUAUUUUGAAGAUUUAUGCAUGGAAUUCAAAGGUAAAUAAAACUUAUUUUAUAAUUCAUGGAUAUUAACAAAAUAAGAAUUUCUUUAGUGGCUUUAUUUAAAGAUUUAUGUGUUUUGAUAUAAUUGUUAUGUUUCAAAAUUGAAGGGUCUAUUUAUCAAAAUGUUAAAAUAUUUUAUAUACUGAGCACACCAGACAUUCAGUUUUAUGAUUUAUUUUAAUUAUUUUUUCAUCGUUCAUUAUUUCGAUUUGUUUUUAUUUGUAUGAUGGUCAUCUGCAAAACAAAUGUUUGAUAAUUGGGUCUUUUUGUUUGACAAUAAAAUGUGAAAGAAAAAAAUAGAAAGAAAUUAGUCACUUUACAAACCUAAUUGGUUAACUAUUUAAGUUUCACAGAUGUAAAAUACUUUUGAAAAAAUACAGAUUUCACAGAUGUGAAAUACAUUUGAAAAAAUGAGGAAUUUUCCAUUUAGAUUGUAUAAAUGCUAUCAAUACCCCAUUGAGAUAAAAUAUAAUUACAUUAAGUUUAUUUGAAUUGGGUACAAAAAAGUACAAUAAAAUUUAAAACUUUUUCUUCUAUUUCUGUCACAACUAUAAUUUCAGUGCCAUAGGUUGAAUAUUUGUAAAUCAAGAGGCAUUUUAUUAAUAAAUGAGCUGUUAAUAAUUUCAUGAAUCCCAUUGAUCCACUAUUGUAUCUCCUAUUUGAAGAGCACUGUACCUUUUGUUGUUUCCUAUUUGAAGAGUGCCAAAGAAGUGCUCUUUUAUCAGGCUUCUCCUCCCACUUUUUGUAAAUCUAUCUGAUUUGUUAAUGGCUAAACAAGGGCUUGAUUUUUUAUUCAGUUAAAUGCAUUUGCACGUUAAUGUAAAUAAAAUACCGAUGUAUGUUGGGCGAUUGUUGAACAAAAGAACAUAGUUUGCGGCUAAAAGGUUGUAGUUUAAGCUUGUCUGUUUUUAUCCAAGAUAAAGUUGAUAUAUUGUAUUGCCUUGGUGUUGUUGGCAGCGGCUGCAUUCAACUGUGCAAUAUUUAAAUUAAACCGUUUAAGAUAUUCACAUGAAAUUUCAUACAAUUUAAGAUAUUCACUUGAAAUUUCAUACAAUUUAAGAUAUUCACAUGAAAUUUCGUACAAUUUUAUUAAGAUAUUCAUGUGAAAUUUUAUACAAUUUUAUUUGAACAAUGAACAUACUCAUUUGUGUAAAAUUAUAGGUUAAUCACUCUGGCAGAAUUGCUUUAGGUGUAAACAUCUUUACCAUUUUUGCCUUGGCCAAUUACGACCAAAAAGACAAGAGUUUGUAUUCAAUUGUGGUUCUUUUGCUGUUGAACCUUUGUAAUAAAUACAAGUAUAACAUAUCUUUCAACUGCAUUAUGCCAUAUUUUCCGUCAAAAGAGAGUCUAUGAAUUUAGGCGCCAUCCUAUUGAAAGAAAGUAUCAUACAAUCGCUUAUUCUGAACAACAUUUCUUAAAAGUUUAUUGGUAAAUUUAGACAAAGUUUCUUUGAUUUAGGAAGAAAUGACUGAAUAAUUAAUGAAAAUCCUUGAUGUUACAAAAACGUCAUAACUUUGUUGAUAAUAAGAAGGCUAUAUAUUUUAUAGAAAAAUAAUCACAUAUAGAAAUUAAUUACUGAGGAAUAUUUUAAUAUCAACAUAUCAUUCAAGAACAAAAUGUAGAACAAAAAAAUCUUGGAUCCAAGAAGUAAUCUUUUCUAUUUUUUUCAUUUCUCAUGGAUGCUUGAAAACAAUACACUGUAUAGAAAUUAAAGUUUGAUUGCUGUAGAUGAAUAUUUACCAUGGUAAAUCGAUGGCGUAUCAUGUGUCAGAAUGCUUUUAGACUGUAAUUUAAAAAUUAAAUAAGAUAAUGGUAACCAAAUAUCUUAAUUACUGCAUUUAAUCAAUUUAAGUCAAUUGCCAUCUUGAUGCUAAUUUGAUAUAAGUCAAGCAAUUUUUGUAAUUAUUUCAGAAUGUGAGGAUUUGGAGCACUCAACAGUUGUGGAUUCUGAAAUUGGAGAAAAGGAAGAUGAGACACUCUUUGACAUGAGAACAUUUCAGUUCAACACCACCAGCACUUAGGAGCAGAAACAGUAACACAGAGUAUCAUGGAGUCUGCACAAAUCCAUUCAAACCUCAAAAUGAUUUUUAUUUUUCUGCUAUAUUUGAUACAUUUCGUCUUCUCACAAGAAGACGCCACUGUAACGUACAGCGUUUGGGAGGAAAGGGAACCAAAAACGUACAUUGGCAGCGUGGCCCUUGAUAGUGGACUUUUUGCAGAUAUUUCAAAUGAAAAGUUUAAACAGCUGCAGUUUCAGAUUUUGAAGUCACCUGGAAAUAGCGAUGUUUUCCAUUUUAGUAUUGAGACAGACACAAGCCUACUUUGGACUAGCGAUAGUAUCGAUCGUGAAGAGUUUGUUGAUUGUUUUGAUGAAUGCCUCGUGGAAUUUAACGUUGGUGUUUUUGACAAAGACAUAUCUGAAAUGACUAAGAUAAUCAAGAUAGUGAUUGAUAUUGAGGAUGAAAAUGAUAAUGCUCCAAAGUUUGUGAAUAUUGACUCACCGAUUUUUAUACCAGAAUCUACCAACACAGGCGAAACAAUAGUUUCUGGAAUUGCAAUUGAUCUUGAUCAAAGCUGGAACAACUCCGUGCACAUGUACAGCAUAUCCCCAGAAUCUGAUGAGUUUGAGCUGAGAACUGUUCAAACAGAUGAAAGUGAUCGUGAAUUCGAACUUGUACUGAAAACUGGCUUAGAUCGUGAACAAACUUCAUCAUAUGAUUUUGUCCUUUUGGCAGAAGAUGGGGGCUCACCACAACAAACUGGCACAUUCUCAAUACAGAUUAUCGUUACUGACAAUAACGAUAAUGUUCCGACUUUUCAAAGACCCUCAUACACUACAACUAUUCAAGAAAAUGUUGCAGUUGAUACGACAGUGCUUGAACUUCGGGCAACAGAUCGGGAUGCAGAUGACAAUGGUGCUGUGUCUUAUAAAUUUGGCAACAGAGUUUCAACACAUAUCACUGACCUUUUCAGUUUAAAAUCAAAUGGAGAUUUGGUAACCAGUGAAAUCAUAGACUUUGAAACUGACCAGGAAUUCUCAUUCAAUGUUAUUGCAUACGACCAAGGAGAAUUUGUUAAAUCAUCCUCAGUGGAAGUUUACAUUAAGGUUCUUGAUAUGAACGAUAAUGCUCCGAUUGUGAAUCUGAAUCAGCCCCCAGGAGGUACUGUUUUAUCAGAGAAAUCUGAAAUCGGAAGUUUUGUUUCUCACCUUAAUAUUGAAGAUAAGGACUCCAACAAAAAUGGCCGCGUGGUUUGUAAUGUUCUUGAUGAUAGUUUUACCAUUGUUAGUGCUGGAAUAGUCAAUCACUAUAAGAUAGUGUUGAACAAGACUCUGGAUCAUGAUACAAAACCUUUUCAUAACGUUUCUAUCUUGUGCCAAGACUCCGGUGACCUACCUCAACGGACAUUUGCUCAUAUUAUUGUCAAUGUUGAAGAUGUGAAUGACAAUUCACCUAAAUUCACUGAGGAUGUUUACAGGGCAGUUAUAAAUGAAAACAAUGAAAAAGAUGCAUCUGUUUUGCAAGUUACAGCAAUUGACAUAGACAGUGGUAAAUUUGGUGAAGUUACAUAUUCCAUACAUAACGAUUUGUCCGGAUUGUUCAAAAUUAACACUUUCUCUGGAUUAGUUAUAGCAAGUGUGCCCUUGGAUAGAGAAAUCCAUGGUGAUGAAAUUAUAUUUCGAGUUACCGCAAAAGACAACGGAGAACCUGCGUUAACAUCAACAGGAACUGUAGUUGUUAGAAUUCAGGACUUGAAUGACAAUGACCCUGUAUUUGCUGCAAACCCUUUGAAAUUUUUCGUCUCGGAAAACGUUACAGAAGGUUGGGGAGUUGGGAACAUUUCUGUAAGUGACCCAGAUAUUGGACCUAACGGAACUGUGCGCUUGAAAUUCCCUGAUGAUCCUUCUGUUUUGGAAUUCUUCAGCUUUCACGAGAGUGGUGUCAUAAAGACUUAUAAAAGGCUUGACAGGGAGGUGAUUGCAUUUCACGAGUUUCAAGUGCAAGCCAUAGAUAUGGGAGGUAGAACAAGUGCAGCUCAAGUGAUCAUUUACAUCACAGAUAUCAAUGAUAAUGCACCUGAGAUUAUUUACCCAAAUGAAUAUGACGACACCCUGAGUAUCCCAUAUUCGCUAGCUGUUGGGUCGAAGGUGUUACAAAUUGAGGCAAGAGAUUAUGACAAUGGUGAAAAUGCAGAAUUGUAUUACUUCAUCGAACAGGACAAUGCCAGUUAUGCUUUCAGCCUUAAUGUAAAAUCCGGUAAUUUAUUUUUAAACAGAAGUCUGCAUGAAGUUGAUAUUGGUCAAAAGUUCCAUUUUUAUUUCCGAGUGAAAGAUGGUGGCUCCCCAUCAAUACAAACGUGGACUGAACUAAACAUUUAUGUUAUAAGAGGAUCGCCUGAGCCUCUUGUGCAAGAAGUGAUGUCGGCAAAUUUAUGGAUUGUUGUCAGCAUCGUCAUAGUAACAGCAAUAUUGUCAGUUGUCAUGAUCAUAUUCAUUGUCAAAAUCUGCUGGUUUAAUCGUAGAAAAGGAAAAAAGGGUAACAGAAAUUCUGAUCUUUCAUCAAAAGAAAUUGAUCCACACUUGAUUGAUUCAGCAUCAUCAUCAUCGUCCACUUCAAGGGACAGCGAGAAAGUCCCAGAAAUCGGCAUCAAUAUUCAAGAUGGCUACCAGAAGGGUUACUUUGACAACAUAGACAAGUCAGAUUACUCUCCCAGACCCUCCGUCGACCAAGACAACAUGUAUAUGGAACAAGUCAAACAGCUUGACCUUGAACUGCACAAGCGACUUGAUGAGACAACCAGCGACAACUCGGGGGAACUGGGUACGCGGGAUAGCGGGCAAGGUGGGAGUGACGUCGACAAUAUCAGUCUCAACGACCUCCAACAUGUUGACAGUCCUGAUUCAGCAAUUGACACACCCAGAGACAUAUUCCAGCUCAGCUUUGGCAGUCAUCAUAGCAGCACACAACAUGGGCCACUUAGCAACAGUUUCCGUAGCAACACACCACAUGACCAAUCAUCUGAGAGAAUGGUGCCAAUCCAGACAGCAAACUUCAGUCAGAUUCCAGCAAAAACUGCAGAAAGAAAAGAGCUUUCAAAAUUAAGAAAAAGUCAAAAGCGUGUUAUGUUUAGUGAUGACCUUGAAAACUCACAUUCAAGUGGAAGGUCAAGUACAAUGUCAGACCCAUCAUACCCUGACAACUAUCUAAAUAAUGGGCCUUUGUCUCCAAGGAGAUAUCAAAGAGCAUUUAGUGAAGACACGCCAGAUAGACUGUCCAGAGCUGAUGAUUGGCUGAGAAGGUCAGCUGACAGUUUGUCAUGGCAACAAAACAAAGAAAUUUACAAUCAGUUGCCUAGCAACCAAAUAAAAUCAAAAGACUUCAGAAAUAAACCUAUGGGUGAUAAUAUCAAAGGCUACCUUGACAAAGUUAUGGCCAGAAAGAGGUCAUGUAGCCUUAGUGACAAUCAUUCUCAAGAAAACUCUCAAGGUCAUUCAAAAGACUCCACAAAUGUAUUCACAGUUACAGGGCGUGGUUCACAAAGGUCUGGUAGUGGCUUACGAAAGUCAGGGUCUUUGGAUACUGACAGUGUGUUGACAUUUGGGCAAGAAAGUACCACAACAUCGGGUAGUUAUCAUUUGGGCUCUCCUGCGCAGACAUACAGCUUGUCAAGCCCGGGAUCUGAAUUUGAAAAUGUUUUUUCAAAUGAAUUUGAUAUUUGAAUAUUCCAAUUUUGAAGAUAUAAUUUUGAGGUUGUAAAUGUUGAUCGCAUUUUGAGCUUUGCAGUUUUUGCAGAAUAUUAUGUUUAACUUUUCAAGGUUUUAACUGUUUGAGGAUCGAAAUAUUUGAUACUAUUUUUCUGUUUUAUAUUACAAUAGCUCUAUUUAUUACUGUAUAUUUUUUGUACACUUUGUUAAUUAUUGUAUUGAAUCAGAUGAAAUUUUACAUCAAGGACAUGAGCUUGAUAUUAUAUUUAUAUAUUUAUUUGUGCUCAUUGACUUUGUAACUAUGCACUCAUGACUAUUUGAGAUUGGAUAAAUAAAAAUGCUCACCAUGAUAAUGGAUAUUAAAAAUGAA